ACUACUCAGACAGUCACAGAUCAACAUAAGUACUUUGGUCUAAGAGACAGACUCAGUUUCACUCUCUCCACACAGUGCUUUUCUCAUACGAAGCUCUGUGCUCGCUGUUAUCAGUUUUUUUUCCUCUGUUUAACCCAGAAAUAUGUAACACAAAUCAAAACAUCGUUGUUGUUUUAUUUGAGCAUGCAAGUUGGCUAACUCUUGGAAAGGAAAGGAGCUUCAAGAAGAGAGAGAUAAAAUAAAUGGUGCAAGAUAUGAAGCAGCAAGACAAUGGAGAAUCUAAGAAGAAGGAGCGUCACAUUGUGACUUGGACUCAAGAGGAGGAUGAUAUACUAAGAGAACAGAUUGGUAUUCAUGGAACUGAAAAUUGGGCAAUUAUUGCAUCAAAGUUCAAAGAUAAAACGACAAGACAGUGCAGAAGAAGAUGGUACACUUACUUGAAUUCUGAUUUCAAGAAAGGUGGAUGGUCAGCUGAGGAAGACAUGCUCUUAUGUGAGGCUCAAAAGGUAUUUGGUAAUAGAUGGACAGAAAUAGCAAAGGUGGUCUCAGGCAGAACGGAUAAUGCUGUGAAAAAUCGUUUCUCCACACUCUGCAGGAAGAAACAGAAAUAUGCAGCUUUAGCAAAAGAGAACAGCACUUCAUACAUCAAUUCAAAUAACAAGAGGAUGAUGCUCCAACAUUGUAAUAAUAUGGAUACAACAUCAGAAUCUGGAGUACCUAUUAAGAAUUUGAGGAGGGCCGAUAUUGCUGAUGAUGCAGAAAAGAUCAAAUUUGAGGACCGAUCACAUUUACGAAAUGGAACUCCAAUAAAUCAGCAGCCAAGAGCACCACUUGCAGUCUUAGCUCAAAACUGUCAUAACUCAAACAACUUGACAGACCAGCAUCAUCUUUGCAAUCCCAAGUUUAGCAGUUCCGCCCAAAAUAACAAGAUUCAAGGAACAUUUCUCAAAAAAGAUGACCCAAAGAUAAGUGCAUUGAUGCAACAGGCGGAGUUACUAAGUUCACUAGCUCUAAAAGUUGAUACAGAGAAUAUGGACCAAAGUCUUGAAAACGCAUGGAAGGUUCUUCAAGAGUUUCUGAACCGAUCCAAAGAAUCAGAUAUCCCUGGACAAAAGGUUCCAGAUGUACGGCUUGUAGAUCUUAAAGAUAUGAUUGAGGAGUUGAAGAGUGGUAAUGAGGAAGGCCGGGUUCUUCAAGAGCUUCUGAACCGAACCAAAGAAUCAGAUAGUACUGGGCAUAAAAUUCCAGAUUUACGGCCUGCAGAUUUUAAAGAUAUGGUUGAGGACUCAAAGAGUGGUAAUGAGGAAGGCCAGGUACUUCAGGAGUUUCUGAACCGAACCAACAAAUCAGAUAUCCCUGAACAUAAGAUUCCAAAUUUACAGCUUGUAGAUCUUAAAGAUAUGAUUGAGGACUUGAAGAGUGGUAAUGAGGAAGGCCAGGCUUGUUGGAGGAAAAUGGACUGUUAUGAAAACUCUCCAGGCAGUUCUGGAUACAGUACAGGAUCAAUUCUCAUCUGUCAGUCAGCUAGUGAUAAUUUGGAGCACUCAUUGCAUCAGGAUAUUGGAACCGAAAUGAAGUCUAAACAACUUGAAGAUGAAAAAGGAGUAAAAGUGGUUAUGCCUACUGCAAAUGUAGAUCAAGAUAUGGUACCAUGUUGUAUGGAACAGAUAAACAAUGACGGGAUUGUUUCUACCUCAUCAAGAUUGGAGUUCAGCUCCCCUCUUCAAGUAACCCCUCUGUUUAGAUCUUUGGCGGCAGGAAUUCCAAGCCCACAAUUUUCAGAAAGUGAAAGGAACUUCUUAAGGAAAACACUAGGAAUGGAAUCUCCAUCCAUCAACCCAAGUGCCAACUCAUCACAACCGCCACCCUGCAAAAGAGCCCUACUACCUAGUCUAUAAACUAUCUGAGAUACAAAUAUUGAACCGUUCUUUCCCUGUUCUGAAUCCUACUUUGUCUUCCUUGGCAGUAAUCUGGCUUGUGGAGAAAAAAAUACAAUUUCACUGUGCCUAAAAUUUUGAAAGGCAUAUGCUGCUCCCCAAGAAUGUUAUGAUGCAUUCUUUCCACCUUCAACAUAUCUAACAACUCAAAAGUUACCUUUUUGAAACUUGCACAUAAAAAUUGGCUUGCUUAGUGUGUCAUUCUUUGGCUUGUUUUCUUAUAAUAUUAUUCUGGGUUUGUUUUUCUCCAAUCCAGCAAUCAGCAUUUUGUCCGGAACCUUAUUUUUUUUGUACAGAGCUUGCUGUGUAAUCACUAGCAUCCUGAUUCCUGAGUGUGUAUGAAUACAUUAGCAUAUAUAGAAGAGAGAAAAAAGAAAGUGAGAACUUGGAUUCUAAUUUGUUGUUUGGUGUGUGCAUAGGUAUUUUAAUAAAGAUUUUUCCCUUAUGGUUCUGAUGUACUGAAACUUAACUAUAAGUGAUUGGAAAUGCAUUUUGGUUUUGGUGUGCA